CCCGCCAGGCGUUGCUAUGGGGAUGGGGACCCAGCGGCCACAGCCGGCCUGGGACUGCGCCAUCCAACCAGCCAGUCACCUCUGCGGACCCGGCGCCCCUGACAGUGGGAGGUCAUGGAGCUCUCAAGCAGCUCGGAAUUGGAGGCCGGGAGGCUGAGGUGCCUGGGCCGUUGCCGGCAUUUCUUUUGGCUGGGCGUCGCCUUCGACGCGGUCGGCGCGACAGUGCUGUUCGUGGGGAUCUUCUCCGACCUCAUCUUCUAUGACUUGCUGCUCUACCUGGGUUCCAUCAUCAUCUUCCUCAGCCUCCUCUGGUGGGUCUUCUGGUACACCAGCAACAUCGAAUUGAGUCCCGAAGACACAUGGAAGAGGCCCAUCCACAUGGGCGCGCUGAGCCAGCAAGUGUCGCUCACCUUAAACAUUACCGGCAACUUGGCGCAGGUCCGGGUCCGACGGGGCCAGCGCCGCAGGAGACUCCUCGAAAGUGCUGCUUCCAUUCUGAGCAGGACCCUCCUCACAGUCCAGGCAUCUAAACAACUACCAAAGGAGGACCAGGACCGAGACGGAAUGACAAGUGUCAGAACCAGUAGCAAGGCUGAAGACGUGGGCCGAGAGGAUCUGGGCCCGGAACCGGAAGCUGUGCAACAUUCAGAACGAGUAAGGUUCUCUUUAUCCACUCAGAGCCAGCCGCUGCCUCCCGCCAUUGUCUCCUCUAAGAGCCUGCCCGUGGUCCCAUCGCCCUCCGUCAGUCAGCCUCUAAGGAUUUGUUAUUCCACGAGCCUGCCUACUUCGCUGGCCUCUAUGAUCCAGCCUCUAGUCACUGUUGCCUCUGAAAACCUGCCUGGUGUCCCCUUGUACUCUACAGGUCAGCCUCUGGACACUCUGGCCUCUGAUACCCAGACUGCAGCUCCCAUGGCCUCACAGAGGCAGCCCCUGGUGCAUGGGGCUGCACAGAGCCAUUUCCAGGGCUCAGGAGACUCCGAGAGGGAUUUCCAGAAUCAUUCUCUGGCCUCUCAAACUCAGCCUUUCCAAACCCAGGCUUUCCAAACCCAGGCUCUGGCCUCCCAGGUCCCUCUGACCCAGCUUACGCCAGCCUCAUUUUUUCAGACCCAACCUGUGGACCCAUGGGUCACCCUGGCUGUCCGGGACUUUCAGGCCCCGUAUAACACCCAACGGGCCCCCAUGAGCACUACUUUAGUUCAAGAGACUGAGCUCAGACAAUCUUCACAUGCCCAGGAGCCAUCGGGGGGCCAGGAACUACGCCAGGAAGUCCCUGACACUGUACCCCCACUCCCCGAGUCCCUGGCUCUAGCUACUGAGGCCCAGCAGUCAAUGCCCCAUGAGAGUGCACCUGCCCCUACCACCCAGAACAGUCGCCAUCUCUAAUACAGAAGCAGAUGCUCUGGCCUCUGCCAAAACUCACCAAUGUUUCUACAUAUUUAAGUGCCAACUUUAUAACAGUACAAAUACAUUCAUCUCAUUUUGGAAACCUCCAUCUGGAAUUUUGACCAACUCAUACCAGCAGACU